AUGGCUUCGCCUGCCGAGACGAAGCCUGUGGCGGCAGCUGCGGACGACACGCUUACGAAGGCAAACGGGGACGCCACAGUCCAACCCACAGCAGCAGCCGAUCUUAAGGGGACGGAGGACGGCGUCAAUAAAGUCGCCACCGGCACGCAGUAUGAUCCACUUGCGGCCCCUCCAACUCAGCCGGCCAAGGCGGAGAAUGGGGCCGGGAACGAGCUCAAGUCGGAGGAGUCGCCGGAGCUACUAAAGCCAACCACUGCCGAGAAUGAAGGAAAGAAGACGCCACCCCCGCAGCUGACACCGAUAGUGACGUCGGCCAUCACGGCUGAGCCUUGCCAGGUGAAUCCGUCCACGAAGGCAGCAACUGCCGCCGACAAAGGCAUCGACGACGUUAACCCCCACGACUUUGCCGAUGAGGUACAGAGCAACAAUGACCUACCCUCGGCCGCGACUUUGCGCAAGAUCGAGAACUACGUCGUCCUCGACCGCCACGGAAAGUCUCACACCUUUCGGAGUCUAUACAGCGGGCGCAACGUUGCCCGGCGCGUGCUUGUCAUCUUUGUCCGACACUUUUUCUGUGGCAAUUGCCAAGAAUAUCUCCGUACCCUCUCAGCCUCGAUCACCCCCGAGGCCCUGCUCGACCUUCCGAUCCCAACCUUCAUAGCUGUAAUAGGCUGUGGUGACCCGUCCUUGAUCGACAUGUACGUGAACGCGACGGGUUGCCGCUUCCCCGUAUACUCGGAUCCGACCCGGCGCCUGUACGAUGAGCUUGGUAUGGUGCGCACUCUCGCCAUGGGCGCCCGUCCGGCCUACCAGCGCAAGUCCAUGAUAAGCAGUGUCUUCAGCAGCGUCGUCCAAGGUCUGAAGCAGAUCCCCAGCGGCAAGGCUACCAAGGCUGGAGACCAGCGCCAGAUCGGCGGCGAAUUUCUCUUCGAGCCCCUCAGCGUCAUGACACCCGCCGACGACAUUGAGAAGCGCCUUGGCGAGCACAGGGACUACAGGGCCAGUAUGGCAGCGGCCAAGAUAUCCUCCGAAGACGCCGCCUCCGGGGAGGUAUUGGGGGCAGCGGGCGGAAAGAACCCACCCAAGACGGAUGAGGAGAUCAAGGCGGCACUGAGCCGCAGCGGCAGCAUCGCACCGCCCGAGGCGCAGAUCCAGCACGAGGACGAGGCCGAAGAGCCGGGUGAGGAGAAGCAUGUGACGUGGGCGCACCGCAUGCGCACCACGCGCGACCACGCCGAGAUACCCGAGCUCAUGGAGGUUCUGGGUCUCGACGGUCAGGGCCAGCCCAUCAAGGACAAGAAGCGCUGGUCCAGGGCGCUCGAGACACGUAAAGGCACCGGAGCGAGCCUUGCGAGCCAGAUGAGCGCCCUAUCUGCCUCGAGGAGCGCUUCUAAGGCGCAUUCGCAGUCACCUGAGAGGUCAUGACCCUUUUUCUUUUCUCUUCAUUUACCCUGCUAUUUGCUUGCAUAUUUAUUUUCAGGCCUGGUUUCCCAUUCUCCCUUUUUUGUUUUGAGAAUAUGGGGAAAGUUACAUAACAGACAUUUAUGUAUUAAUUGUUUGCUGUGGCUUUUUUAUUGUUUAGCAUGGCGCCCUUUUUGAGCUACCUCGUUAUACCCCCGAUCAGAUGACGUCAGGGUUGUUGCUUGUUGGUUAUCUCUUUUUUUUCUUUUUCUUUUUUUUCCCUUCGUCAUUUCGAAGAAAGUUUCAUAAGCCAAGUCU